AAAAUGUGUGCCAAUCCGACGAAUUUGACUUAUCGUCACUAGGAUGUCACAAUUGUCUAUUAGAGUGACAUUAAGUUAGCUCGAAUCGUGUCUUAUCACUGUACAUCAACAACAAACCACAUUCACAACCCAACUACCUCUCACCACAACACACCUGGUUAAAUCGCCACGUUGUGGAACUCACAAUACCGUGGCGCCGCAGGUUCAAUUCCUGCCAGGGACAUCUUUUUGCCUUCAAAAAAAGAUGAAGAGAACGUUGUGUCGAACCACUAGAAAAUGAUUUUUUCUCGCCUGAACACCUAUGACGACACGACGAGGACUUUCAUCGCUCAACUUGACGUUCCUCGGAACCGCUUCCGCGCAACCGUCCUUAACCCGAAAUCAUUCUGCACUUGCUCUCCGAUUGAACAGCGAUGUCUGGUUGUUCGACUGUGGUGAAGCUACGCAGCACCAAAUCCAAAAGUCUAAAGUGAAGAUGGGUAAGAUUGAAAAGAUCUUUAUCACUCAUACCCAUGGGGAUCAUAUCUUUGGUUUACUCCCCCUCUUGGCAAGUAUGCUGAACGGUGCCGGGGGAACAGCGGAUGGAGUAGAGGAUCCUCGUACACACAUGGUCCAGGACCUAUUGGAUCCCAUCGAAAUUUACGGGCCCUUUGGAACCAGGGCAUAUGUCCGCAAUGGCCUCAAGUAUACACAUACCCUCCUAGGCGCGCCUUACGUCGUUCACGAAUUGCGGUCACAUUCUGACCCACUAGAUGGAGACCCCACCUCUCUAGCUCUUCAUGCGUCCGAAUCUCCAAAUGGCCGUAAUAUUCCACAAACAAACGGUGUUUGGUCAGACGUGUAUCACGAUACCAUUAUUUCAGUUUCUGCGGCUCCCAUUUUACACUCCGUGCCGUGCGUUGGUUAUGUUGUAACAGAGGCGCCUAUACCCGGAAAAAUGGACCCUGCGAAGUACAUACCACAUCUUAAGCGUACCAAGACGCCGAUGUCCGUUAUGAGCCGCCUUCAACAGGGAGAGAGCAUCGAACUCUCAGAUGGCACAGUGUUACAAGGCCCUCUCAAGAGGCCCGGACGUAAACUUGUCAUUCUUGGAGACACAUAUGAUCCAUCACCAAUAGCCGAAUUGGCUUCAUCUCCGGACUUGCUGAUACACGAAGCAACAAAUGCCCAUUUGCCAGCCUUGGACUCGCAUACCAAAGCUGAAGACACAUUUGAGAGUGUCGAGGCACGCACAAAAUCCAGAGGGCACUCUACUCCCCAGAUGGCUGGUGCUUUCGCGGCACGGAUCAGAGCGAGACAUUUAGUACUCAAUCAUUUCUCGGCCAGAUACCCGGGGAACGACGAUGUCGAUCCAAUGGCAAAGACAAUUAUGGAGGGCAUUGCACGUUUAGCUGAAGAGCAUCAUAGCGGGAAAAUUACAUGUGCGAGGGAUUUUAUGAGUUUCGACGUGGAUGUACCAUAGGAACACGCAUGAAAUA